AUGGGUAGAAUCCUCUAUUCACUUGGGAAUGAUUCCACGGUUGCCAGUGUUAGACCUCUUCUCAUAAUGAUGGAUCAUAGCAGCAUGGACAACCUGAGGAGCAGCAACUCAUCUGCAGAUGAAUGCACUAUACAAGAUGAGUCAUUUCCCAUGGAUGAAAUGGAAGUUAUAGGCCCGGAAUGUUGCAGGGACUUCACUUGUCUCCCUCCUGAACCAGAACUGGGGAAUGUUGAAUACAAGCUGAAAUUAGUGAACCCCACACAUCACCGCUUUGAGCACCUUGUCACACAGAUGAAGUGGCGUCUGCGGGAAGGCCAAGGAGAAGCCAUAUAUGAAAUUGGUGUUGAAGACAGUGGUUUGCUAGCUGGCUUGACUCAAGAGGAGCUGAUGGUCAGCUUGAAUACCCUAAGAGACAUGGCUGCACAAUUGGGUGCAUCAAUCACAAUUUUGAGGGAGAGACAUAUUGAUUGUGGAAAUGGGAAUUGGAAGAAAGCUGCUGAAGUUCUUGUAAGGAAGAUUCCAGAUGACAGAAACAGCAUAGACUUGAGAGUUGCUGUCCUUGGGAAUGUUGAUGCUGGAAAGUCCACUCUAAUUGGAGUUAUCACACAAGGGGAACUCGACAAUGGAAGAGGGAGGGCAAGGUUGAAUAUGUUCAGGCACCUUCAUGAAAUUCAGACUGGCAGAACUUCAUCUAUCAGUCAUGAAGUCCUUGGAUUCAAUUCUGAGGGAGAUGUAAUUAAUUAUAGGGAGUGCUCUAGUGCAGAGGAAAUAGUGGAGUCAUCAGUGAAACUGAUAACGUUCCUUGACUUGGCUGGUCAUCAGAAGUACCUCCAUACAACAAUAUUUGGAUUGACUGGCUAUUCACCACAUUACAGCCUCCUGGUUGUAAGUGCAAACAGUGGAAUAGCAGGAACUACACGAGAGCACCUGAUUCUCAGCAUAGCCCUUCAGGUGCCCAUUUUUGUGGUGGUUACCAAAAUGGACAUUACUCCACCCAGUGUUAUAGAGUCAACAUUGCAGAGCCUGGAGGCUCUAAUAAAAGGACAUUUAUGUAAAAGAAAUCCAUAUAGGGUUAGAAAUGAAGAUGAUGCCAUUACAGCUGGAAAUCCACAGCGAAUACACUCUACUGUUCCCAUCUUCCUUGUCUCCAAUGUAUCGGGCAAAGGACUCCAUUUGGUGAUGAAAUACCUUUAUGUUUUAUCCCCAUGUUUGAGCACAAAGGAGAGGGAGAGGUUAGAGCAGGAACCAGUGCAGUUCCAGGUGGAUGAUACAUGGGAUAUCCCUGAUGUGGGGACAGUUGUUGGUGGUCUUUUAACCAAAGGCAUUCUUACUGAGAAUACUCAGUUGCUACUUGGGCCACUACAGGAUGGAGAAUUCCAUCCAGUCCGUGUGAAAUCCAUUCAUCGGAAUCGUGCUGCUUGUCGAGUUGUGAGGGCGUCACAGAGUGCAUCCUUGGGGCUGAUCCCCUUGACCCCUGCUUUGAGUAGAUGCGAGAGCAUGUGCCAUGUGGUCAGGAAGGGAAUGGUGCUCCUUCAGCCUCUAGAUAAAGCUGCUGCAUGCCUUUACUUCCAGGCAACAAUCAUGGUCUUGUAUCAUAGAACAAGGAUUUCCGAAGGAUUUCAAGCAACCAUACAUGUUGGAAAUGUACGACAGACUGCCAUCAUCAAGGGUAUUAUGGAUCGAUCCUUAAGUACCGAUCAGAAAUCAUCUGUUGUCUUCAUGUUUCUCAAACAUCCUGAAUAUGUUGAAAUUGGAUCUCGUGUGCUCUUCCGAGAAGGAUGUACAAAGGGGAUAGGGAAAGUCACACAAGUUUUCCCAUUGAAAACCCUGGUGUAA